AUGUCGCACAGUCGUCUCGUUGAUCAAGUGACAGACGCAGUUGUCGCCCAGUACUGCGCACAGUUCAGUGCAGUGAAAGCGCCAGCUUUGGAGGCGAUUCGCGAGCUAUUAUGCCGAUACUUGCGAGAUAUAAGUGCAACCGCUUGCGAAAAAGCCAACGCUUCGGGACGAACGCUCGUGAACACUUUAGAUGUACUAGAGAUUCUUGCCCAAGAUGGAAGCAUUCUCGACAGUCUUUUCUUGCACGGACACACAGUAGUUGAUAGGAAUGAUGCGUUGAAUUUGAUACGCCUUCCCGGUCAGUUUAGUUUGAAGCGCAAACCAAAACUCUUGGGAAAGAUCUCAACAGUCAGAAGUACUGCACCCGCUUAUGUGCCUUCUCAUUUACAGGCGCUACCUGGGAAGAGUGCACUCAGCAAGCAUUCGAUGGAGCCAAAACGAACAGUCCCAAACUCAUGUCAUACUUUGAAACUUGAUGCUACGCCGACAAAACUUGAAAUCGGAACUCAAGAAACUAGUACAAUACCUAGUGACAGACUCUUCAGGAAUCAUGUCACGAAAAAUAUGAGCAGUAUCACACACUUUAACGCUCGACAUGGCUCCCAGUACCACAUGACCACCGGCGAAUUUUGCGAACCUUCUGUGAACACAAAGUCCGGUUUCCAUGCGGCCUCUUCCAGAGAAUCUCUACUAGCACAAAACACUAUUUCAGGCAAGUUUUCAGUUUACGAAAUUGGGCCUGCUGAAGGAUGA